GAGGCUCUCAUGUUUUCUGCCAUAACUCGCACUGUACCAAGUAGGGUUCUCCGUCUUGCCCACACGCGUGCCUACUCCCAGCCGCCACAACCGCCAACUCCUCCACCCCCCUCGGGCCCUUCAAAUCUUCCCAGCCUCGAUUUCUCACCCCAAUCAGAGCAACAGACUGGCGCAAAAUCAUCUAAAGACUCCCUUUCCUCUGUUGAAUUGCGACGCCGCAGACUUGGCCGUCUCUCGGCUGUAGUCCUUGCCCUUGGUUUUGGGAUAAAUACCAUCUACCUUGGCCGUGAAUGGGAAGAAGAGGAACUGAAGGCGCGGAAGCUGACGCUGGAGACUGCGGUUGAUACGCGAUGGGGUCGGACAAAGGAGCGGUUUGUAGACAUAUUUGACUACUUCAACAAACCUGCAUGGCCCGAGUUACUACCACCACCACCUCCUCCUCCACACUCCAAGCCUUAUACUCUGUUAAUAUCUAUAGACGACCUGCUCGUCACGUCGACGUGGGAUCGUCAACAUGGGUGGCGAACAGCCAAGCGGCCCGGUGUAGACUACUUCCUCGCAUAUAUCUCACAAUUCUACGAAGUGGUCGUUUUUACCACGCAAAAUUUCUAUACCGCUGCGCCGAUUCUCGACAAACUCGACCGCUACAACUUCUACAUUACUCACAGGCUGUACCGAGAGGCCACAAGAUCAAUAAACGGCAAGAUCGUCAAGGACUUGUCGUACUUGAAUCGCCCUCUCAAUACUGUCAUACUACUCGACACUAAUGCGGAGCACAUAGCCACCCAUCCCGAAAACGCAAUUAUAAUCCCCAAAUGGAAUGGUGAUCCAAACGACAAGGGUCUCAUAGCCAUGAUCCCUUUUUUAGAAUCUAUUGGCAUCUACAAGCCACAAGAUGUGCGGCCUAUUCUGGCUGCAUACCAUGGGAAAGACAUUCCCAUCGAGUACGCUAAAAAGGAGGCAGAAGCGAAGGCAGCCCACGUAGAGAAAUGGAACCAGAGUCAUCCACAAGGUGCUGGGGUAUCGGGUUUCUCCUCCCUCGUUGGCAUCGGGAAACCCAAACCUCAAAUUCCGCCAACCUAUCUUGAACAAAAGCGACGCGAGGCACAAGAACAGUAUGCGGAGGAAGUCAAGUAUAUUCGAGAACACAAGGAUUACUUGGAGGGUCUAUUGAAGAAGGAGCAAGAGAUCAUCGCGAAGGAGGUACCAGCGACACUUUGGGACGCCGUCAACCAGAUCACUGGAGAACCUCCAAAGAAAAAACCAGCGGCAGAUGACGCAGAGGAACGCAAAACACAACCAUAG